GUCUUUACAGAGGGGAAAGGGGUAGUUCAAAGAAACACGAAAACCAGAACACCAGCUUGUAACGUUUGAAUUAAAUACAUGAGGGUAGCUAGGUAUGCGUCUUUAUGAUUAGUCUGUCCCAUUUUCAUCAGUGGAAAUUGAUGCAGCUAGCUAUUAAUAUUUGUUGAACUUGUGCAGUAUAAAGUGGUACUACUAAGCAAACUAACUUCACUCGCAGUCUCUGUAGCUAACUUGGCUAGCUAUUUAGGUAAUUGAGCCUUUUGCCAAACGUGUUUGAAGUCACCAGCCAUGGCAGAACGUGGUGCACAUUUGACAACUGCAGCUGCAGAUGACAGACCGUCGAUAUUCGAGGUCUUGGCACAGGACUCCCUGAUGGGUGCAGUCAGACCCGCUUUGCGACACGCAGUGAAGGUUCUGGCUGAGUCUAACCCCUCUCGCUACGGAUUCCUCUGGCGGAGAUUUGACGAGAUUCACGGUGUUCUGGAUGUAUUGCUGCAGCACCAUUUUCUGUCACGGACUAGCGCCUCAUUCUCUGAGAACUUUUACAGCCUAAAGCGCGUGGCUGCUUCUGGUCGCGAGCGGCCAGCUCACCUGGGUCUGCGUGGGAAACACCACUGGUGCUCACUGAUCCUGCUUGCCCUCGUUCCUUACUUGAGGGCCAAGCUGGAACAGGUACUGGCCAAGCAGAGGGAUGAGGACGAUUUUUCCAUCCGCCUGCCACAGACGCCCUUGCAGAGGAUGUACAGGGCCUUCCUGGCAGCCUACCCCUAUGUCAGCAUGGGCUGGGACAGCUGGGUGUUCUGCCAGCAGCUGUUGUAUGUGUUUGGCCGAGCCAAGACCCACUCACCAUUUCUGUGGCUGGCAGGUGUCAGGCUGGCUCACCUCACAGGACAUGACAUCACAAAUAUGGACCUCAAACCAGCCUCACCUUCCACGGCCAUCGGCUCAAGUGUUGGUGAGAGGCUGCGGAGGCUGACGUCGACAGUGGUGGGGGGUGUGGCUCUGUCCCUCUCCACUAGUCUUUCCUUGGGAGUGUUUUUCCUGCAGUUCCUCGAGUGGUGGUACUCCUCAGAGAACCAGAGCACCAUCAAGACCCUGACCUCCCUCCCCACACCACCCCCUCCCAUCCACCUCCAGAACCAACAACCACUGACCAGACACAGCAAAGCAUGUCCACUCUGCUGCAAGGUCCGCACCAAUGAUACCGUCCUCUCCACCUCUGGUUUUGUCUUCUGUUACCGCUGUAUUUAUGUCUACAUCAAAGCCAACCAGAGGUGUCCGAUGACUGGGUACCCCACUGAACUUCAGCAUCUCAUCAAGAUUUACUCACCAGAGAGCUAGGGAGAAUCUUAUUUCCAUUCCAAUGAAGGACUUUGACAAUCAUGUCACAAUGACAAUUUAUACUGUAAUUGAUGUUAGUUGACUAUAUCCCUUAUGACCAUUUGUAAAUAAUUUAAAGCACUAACAUAUCCCUAGCCGUCAUAAUAGUUUAAAUGCCCAGUGCAGAUAUUUUUCUCUAUCAACUUUUUUCUAUAUUUACAAUUUAGGUAAGCUAUGCUGGCCUAUGGAGUCCCUUGAUAAACCCAACUACCGAAACAUCCAAUGGUGGGAUUUAUCAAUAAAUGAUGUGUGCUUCCAAAAGGACUGAUCUCCAUAAUAUAUAAACAACUUUUGGAAAGCUCAUUCUGAGCUAGCCAUUAAAGUAUAGUCCACAGGUUGAAUUGAAUCUGAACUAUGCUUUAACAGGAACAGAAUAUGGAAAUGUUACCUUGGCAUCCUGUAAUCUGAACCAUCAAUUUAUACAUUUUAAGUUUGUUCACACACUGUAUUUAACACCAACUGUUCAUGUGUCCCCUAAAUCAGGUAGAUGCAUUAAUUCAUAUGAUGUGGGAGUUAAAUGCUUCUGGGGGAAAGUUACAAAAUUAAUUUUUAAGUGGAUGAAUUUAAAUAUUCAAUGCUUUCCAUCUAUGUUAACGAUGAUAGCCCCUUGAAUCUCUCAAUCAGAGAAGAUUACUGCUGGCAGGCAGGACUGAUGAAAAAAGAAAAAAAAUUCUCUAACAUGGCAACAACCAUUUGACUGUUUGAAUACUAAUUUAACCAGUGAAUGCAGUUCCUAUUAUAACAGAAUUAUUGACAGCGAGAAUGAAUUGUGCUAAUCAAGGCACAAUUGAGGCCUGGACAAAUAUAUACUGAACCAAAAUAUAAACACAACGUGUAAAAUGUUGAUCCCAUGGUUCAUGAGCUUCUGGAGCUUCUGAAGCUAAGCAGGGUUGGUCCUGGUCAGUCCCUGGAUGUGGAAGUGGUGUUGGAGGGCCAGUAGGAGGCACUCUUUCCUCUGGUCUAAAAAAAUAUCCCAAUGCCCCAGGGCAGUGAUUGGGGACACUGCCCUGUGUAGGGUGCCGUCUUUCGGAUGGGACGUUAAACGGGUGUCCUGACUCUCUGAGGUCAUUAAAGAUCCCAUGGCACUUAUCGUAAGAGUAGGGGUGUUAACCCCGGUGUCCUGGCUAAAUUCCCAAUCUGGCCCUCAAACCAUCAUGGUCACCUAAUAAUCCCCAGUUUACAAUUGGCUCAUUCAUCCCCCUCCUCUCCCCUGUAACUAUUCCCCAGGUCGUUGCUGCAAAUGAUAACGUGUUCUCAGUCAACUUACCUGGUAAAAUAACGGUAAAAUAAAAUAAAAUGAGCUGAAACAAAAGA